AUGGCGUCAAACGAGAUGGAACCAUUUGCAGAUCUUAAACUGAACUCUACCAGCCCCGGUCUAUUGGGUAGCUCAAAUUUAGAAGAACUUUAUUGGAUUAUUCCUGUUGUGAUCGCUGCUAUUAUAUUCAUGUUCAUGGCAGCGUACGGACUGUUUAACUGUAUAGUGAAUAUCGGCGAUUCCUGUAUGCCCAAAUGUUAUGCGGCGUGUGGAUGUUGCAGACCGUCUAGAGAUCAGGACCACGAAGAAAGGAUACGAUUGUUGGAUUAUUCUCGGCCCAUGUAUGAAUCGUCCACAAAUGAAGACACAAGUGUUCAGAUGCUUUGA